AUGGGGCGCUACUCGGGCAAGACCUGCCGCCUGAUCUUCAUGCUGGUGCUGACCGCCGGCUUCUUCGUGGCCGAGCUGGUCUCCGGCUACCUGGGCAACUCCAUCGCGCUGGUGUCGGACUCGUUCAACAUGCUCUCGGACCUCAUCUCGCUGUGCGUGGGCAUCGCCACCGGGCGCAUCGCCCGCCGCGCCCGCCGGGGCCCCGGCGCCACCUACGGCUACGGCCGCGCCGAGGCGGUGGGGGCGCUGAGCAACGCCGUCUUCCUCACCGCCCUCUGCUUCACCAUCCUGGUGGAGGCGGUGCUGCGCCUGGCCCGGCCCGAGCGCAUCGACGGCCCCGAGCUAGUGCUCAUCGUGGGGGCGCUGGGCCUGGCCGUCAACGUGGUGGGGCUGCUCAUCUUCCAGGACUGGGGCUCCUGCUGCAGCCGCCUGCAGCCCCGCGCCGCCACCCCAGAGCAGCUCCAGGCGGUGCCCGGCGCCGGGCGGGAGGAGGCGGCCGUGGUGGAGUGUCAGGAGGCUGUUGAAGCAGGUGAUUCCCUGAACACUCAGGAAAGGCCUGAAGAGCAGACAGUACAGAAAAAAGAGAAAAAGUCUGAAGCUUUGAACAUCAGAGGUGUUCUUUUACAUGUGAUGGGAGAUGCACUUGGAUCUGUGGUUGUGGUAGUUGCUGCUGCAAUAUUCUAUGCACUUCCCCUGGAUGCCAAUACUCCGUGUAACUGGCAGUGUUACAUUGAUCCAAGCCUGACAUUAGUUAUGGUGGUCAUCAUUUUGUCCUCUGCCUUCCCACUUAUCAAAGAGACCGCAACCAUUUUGCUGCAGAUGGUUCCCAAAGGUGUUAAUAUGCAAGGACUGACGGAAAGACUAACUGAUGUGCCAGGGGUUAGCAGUCUUCAUGAGGUGCAUGUCUGGGAACUGGCAGGUGGGAAGAAUAUUGCUACCCUUCAUGUCAAGUGCCAAACCACUUCUGAUUACCAAGAUGCCUCUUAUAAAAUGCGGGAGGUUUUCCACGAAGCAGGGAUCCAUUCUGUAACCAUCCAACCGGAGUACAUUGACCACAAGGCCUCUGAGCUAAUAUGCAGCUCACCCUGUAUCUCAAAAGCUUGUGCUUCUCAGUUGUGUUGCCCUCAGCAGGAAGUUGCACUUACUCAUGAUAAUGGUUAUCUUGAGAAAAAUGGCCUUUCCCCAACACUGCAUAUAGACAAUAGUUUAAAUAAAAAUGGUGUUGAAAUUCCUAUUGAGCAUACAUUGGCAGGGGCUGUAAUUAAAAAUACAGACAAUUGUAAAAAAUCAGAUGACAAAUCAUAUCUACACAGUACACACUUUUAAAACAGUUAAUUUUACACUUCAUAAUCUCUGUAUAGAACAAAGC